AUGAUUGGAAGCAUCGACUGCAUGCACUGGCAAUGGAAGAAUUGCCCAACAGGUUGGGCUGGAGAAUACAGCGGAAGAAAACGUGUGCCCACUAUCAUCCUCGAAGCAGUCGCUUCUUAUGACACAUGGAUAUGGCAUGCCUUCUUUGGAAUGCCUGGAUCAUGCAACGACCUCAACGUGCUUGCUAAGUCCCCGUUGUUUGACGAGCUCACUGCUGGUCGAGCCCCUCAGAUCCAAUUUCAAGUGAAUAACACGAUUCACAAUUUAGGGUACUAUCUCGCUGAUGGUAUCUAUCCGCAAUGGGCGACUUUCGUGAAAUCAAUUCCAAGGCCUACACGACCUAAGGAUCUGAAGUUUUCCCAGGCUCAAGAGGGGUACAGGAAGGAUGUGGAAAGAUGUUUCGGAAUUUUACAGAUGCGCUUUAGUAUUGUUCGAGGAGCGGCUCGUGGCUGGGAUAAAGAUGACCUUCGAUACAUCAUGUUGACUUGUAUUAUAUUACACAACAUGAUAAUUGAGGAUGAAAGACCAGAUGACAGCAAUGAGGAUUUGGAGUCCGAUGAAGAAGAGGAUAACAAUAUGAGGCCCAGGUUUGGGAAGGACCUACCGGUGAAGACUUCGAUCAUGUUGGUAGAGAUGGUUAUUACUUCAACGGAUUCAUGGAUCGAUAUGAUGCCAUUAGAAGUGCAAACAGUCACUCAAACCUUCAAGAAGAUUUGA